AUGAACCAGAACAGACGAGAGACGUUCUUGACGAGAGCCGCUCUGUUCGCAUCGCCCGUGGACUCGUCGACAAUGCCAAAGAAGAAAGUGGCUCGUAAAGAACCAAUCCCGACGCUCGUUUUCCCCGACGAAUCACGGCAACACGUUGAGGACGCUGGGGCGGCCCCGAUUGUGAAUGAAAUCAUAUCCGAUGAAGAACUCGAUGACGUGGAACCGAUGGAAGUGGACACGUCGGUGGUGCCGUCGCCCGGAAGAGCGGUGGCUCCGGAGAAUGUUUCGUGUGACCACGCAGCGACGCCACGACGCAAGUCGAUGCCAACACCUGGCAAACGAUUAUGCUUCACGAGCAAAGAAAUGGUCGUCAGUGACGAGAAAAAGUCGGAUGACACGACGCACUUGGAGCUGUUGAUGGCCAACAACCCAGAGGACAUGCCCGGAUUGCUGAAGGCCUCGAUCAUGGAUAAGCAGGCGGUGAGAUUGUUGGAAAUGUGAACACAUUUUAAAUUGAAUUGAUUUGCAGAUGGAAAAGUACCUAAAGGAAGUGAAAAAAGAGAUCGAGGACUACAAAACGAUCAAGAAGAACCGGAAGACGCUGCUCGAGAAAGCAGAACACUUUGUCGAAGACGGAACUCUUUUGUCCACGUUGCCGCCAGAGUCGUGUCUGAUGGAUAUGACCGUUCGGAGGGAGCAGACGCACGACGAGAUCGUCAAGAAACUCUAUGCGAACUUUGCGAAGAACACUCAAGUGGCCGGAGAGCAGACUCUCGCGGAAAAGAAGGCCGCGGCGGCCAAGAAGACAAAUUUGUCGCUGGUAAUCUAAAUAGACGAUUCAGACGAAAAAAAAAUUCAUUCUUGUCAGAAAAACACGAUGAGCCGACUGGAAGACGUUCAGAAAGAGUACGAGAAGUUCCAAGUGGAGAUGUGCGAGAAGUACGAGAAGGAACGGGUCGGAAUGCAGAAAAUCGAGGUGGGAAUGGAAAGGAUGGACGAACUCGUCGGUCGGAUGAGGCCACUCAACUUCUUCUGA